UAAUGCAUUUAAUGGUGGAUAUAAGUACGUGGAUAGUGGAUAUACGUAUAACUCUAGGCGGAAACAAGUAGAAUUGAUACAGCUUGUGCAGUUUGUGGUUUGCUGUCAUUUGCUGUCGUCGAUUGUGUGAGCAAUUGGAUCCUGAGUAUUGUCGGAUAUUGUCGACGAUUCGGCUAGUGAGUGGUGAGAGCGAUACGUAGCAUCGCCACGAGCUCAGAGCUAUUACGAAGUUGUAACCGUGAGGUAGAUUCCACGGCGGCGUUAAAUCGGGAACGCGCUGAUAUGGGCUCCAAUAAACGUCACAAAACUGAAAAGACUCGCGAUGCCAAGAAGAAGCGUCAUCGUAGCCGUUCCAGAAGCUGCACGCCCGACCGCGAGAAGUCCGAGAAGCACAGACACCACAAGAAACACCGGAGGAAAGAGCGCAAGGAUUACGAUAGCGAUGUUGAGAUUGUUAACGCUCCGCCACCACCAAAAAUAUCAAAGUCAUCGCAUCCAUCAACACCUCCGCCACCUGAGAUUUCUAAACAGCGCAGUCCAUCUCCCACUAAGGGUGGAGCGUCGCAAGCCUCGUUAUCCAUUGAAGAAACCAACAAGCUCCGUGCAAAGUUAGGGUUAAAACCGUUGGAAGUGGAUAACAUAUCCAAGGAUGACCCGAGCAAAAUCAAAGAUGAUCUGGGCGAGUUUUAUCAUAAACCUGCGCCAAACAACAGCGAUAAAAUGAAGGUGCAGAAGUUGAGAGAAAAGAUAGGUACUCAGAAGGAAAAGAGACAAAUUGAAGCAAAUUUGUCGAAACUGAAAAGUUUGGGUGAAUGCGAUUCCGACGACGACACUCACGCAUGGAUCAACAAAUCUAGACAGCUAGAGGAAGAGAAAAAGAAAGCAGAAAUGAGAGCAAAAAUGCUGGAUCAAUUGGAUGAAGAAUUUGGAAUUGGUAAUUUGGUCAAAGAGGAAAUGCAUACCGCCCGCAAUACAGCAUAUACGGCAAAAGAUUUAAAAGGUCUUAAAGUCGAGCACAAUAUUGAAACAUUUGAGGAAGGCAAAAGUAUAAUCCUAACGUUGAAAGAUCAAGAAGUAUUAAAUGAGAGUGGUGAUUUACUUGUAAACGUGAAUAUGAUUGACAAUGAACGCUACAAGCGUAGUGUUUUAAAUAAGCUUAAGAAACCUACGUACGAUCCAUACGACGAUGAAAAUUUCGACGAAUAUGGAUUCCCUAAGAAUAAGAUUUUAGAAAAGUACGACGAGGAAAUCGAUGGUGAAAAAAAAGAUAACUUUGUGUUGGGUACUAAUCAUGCGGUAGAAUUUAAACGUCAGAUAGAGACGGUGAAGCAACGCUUAGCGAAUAAAAAACUAGAAACGCUACAAAUGGCAGAACCAAAAUUAGCGAGCGAAUAUUAUAAUGAAGAGGAACUUGCAAAAUUCAAGAAACCGAAGAAAAAGAUUCGGAAAAUUAGAACGAAAAAGAAACUGAAGGCUGAUGAUUUAGUUCCUGUGGACAAUGAUUAUCUUAGGGAUCUUGGAAGCAGAAGAAGGAAGAAACCUGAAGAUUUGAAGGAUAACGAUACCUUAGAUGACGACGAUUUAGGUCCCGCAGAAGAUUUUACUGGGAUAAAAUUUGAAGAAGACGAAAAAGAAUUAGAGUUGCAAUUAGCUUUAAAAAAAACUCAGCGUUUGAAGGAGGGCCAUAUAAGUGGGAUCCAAAAAACUGUUGAAACAAUAAAGCAAGAAACUCUUAACUCCGAGGAAAAUCAAUCUGGAUAUAUCGUUCUUAAUUCUACCGCAGAAUUUUGUAGAACCGUGGGUCAUAUACCCACUUAUGGACUCGCUGGAAACAGAGAGGAAAAUGGGCAAGAACUCAUGGAUUUUGAAAUGGACGGAAUUAAAGAUGAGCCACCUGUAAACGAAGAGGAGGACGAUGGUCGUGGUGCUUGGAACGCAGUACAUCUAGAUGAGAACACCUCGGAACCGGUUGUAAUGGAGGCGGCAAUUCUAGACGCCGAGCCGUCACUCGGUCACGGGGUAGGUGGUGCUUUAAAGUUAGCUAUGAGUAAAGGUUACUUGCAGAAAGAGGACAGCAAUCGCCCUUCGGCAUCGCGAUUCGCACAUUUGCAAGCUCAGAACUACUCGAUAGAGGACAAAACAUACGGGGAUGACGACAAGUUCGGCAGAAGAGAUCGCUUUAACGGACCUACGUCCGAUUUUAAAGAAAAGGAUGGUUUCAAACCAAAUGUUAAGCUUGAAUAUAUUGAUGACGAUGGACACGUCUUGUGCGCUAAGGAAGCUUUCCGAUAUCUGUCGCAUAAAUUCCAUGGGAAAGGUCCAGGAAAAAAUAAGGUGGAGAAAAGAAUGAAGAAAGCUGAACAAGAAGUUUUAAUGAAACGAAUGUCUUCAACAGACACACCAUUAGGUACAUUAAAUUUAUUGCAAGCGAAACAAAAGGAAACACAAUCACCAUAUAUAGUGCUUAGUGGCAGUAAACAGAUGCAAACGACCAGUAUAGCUAAAACAAAACAUUAAUUGUAUAUAAUCUUAUGUAUAAUAUAUUAUACAUAUAUAUGGAUUGUACAUAUGUAUAUGUAGCAUACAUAUGUAUAAUCUUACAUGUGUAUAAUGUAGCAUCUGGAAAUAAAAGUUGAACUCUUUUCAAUGUGAAGAUUAUAAACUAGAAAUAGAAAGAAAAUUAGUAUUUUUCUCAAUUAAUGACUCGCGAACAUAUAAUACUAAAUACUCAGUAAAUUUAUGAUCCAAAUUCAACCAGUUCUGCGCCUGUAAAGCUUAUUUGACUCUGUAACGUAUCAUUGAAAAAGUAACAGUGAGAGUAAUAAUUUUAUAGAUAUUACUUUAUACAAUAAAGCAUACUUCACAAAUACAUGAA